CGCCCAACACAUUUCACUCGUUGAGGUUAGACUCAGCACCAAUGGGCGACGGCGCGGAUGGCAACUCGAAGCCGGGAGAGCAGCAGUACCGGGCGACGAUAUCGAUCGCGGUGCCCGGGUCCAUCAUCGACAACACGCAGUCGCUCGAACGCGCCACCGCCGUGGCGGGGCAGAUCGCGCGAGCCGCCGUGAUCUUCAGGGUGCACGAGAUCGUCGUCUUCGACGACUGGGACUCCGCGGACGGCAACUCACAUGGGCCGCGCGGGUGGCGCGGGGAGCGGUUUUCCGGGUCCGGGGGGUCGUUUCUUGCGCGCGUGCUGCAGUAUCUGGACACCCCGCAGUACCUGCGCCGCGCGCUGAUUCCCCUGACGCCGGACCUGCGCCUGGCGGGGCUGCUUCCGCCGCUGGAUGCGCCACACCACGCGCGCAUGCACGAGUGGCCGGAGUUCCGCGAGGGGGUGGUGGUGGCGGAGGAGGGGGGAGAGGGGGGCGCAGGGGGGAGCAGCGUGGUGGAUGUGGGGCUGCAGCAGAGGGUGCACGUGCGGGGAAGCUUCUCGGAGGGCACGCGGCUGACGGUGGCCAUGGGGCCGGCAUCGGAGCGAGAGAAGGUUUUUCUUCCUGGCGUGCUGCUCUCCCCCGUGUCCCCCCUGGCCCCCUGGGCGUGCAAGGGCCUGUACUGGGGCUACUCCGUGCGCCUUGCUAGAGGGGUGUCCGGGGCCCUCAAGGACUGCCCCUUCUCCGGGGCUGCAGGGGGGGGAGAAGGGGGAGGAGGAGAGGGAGGAGCAGCAGGAGGAGGGGCGUAUGAUCUGAUAAUCGGUACCUCGGAGCAUGGAGAGGUGAAGGAGAUUGGUCAAUUCAAAUUUCCGCCAUUCCGGCAUGCGUUGAUAGUGUUUGGCGGUGUGGCGGGGUUGGAGGAGUCGUGCGAGCUGGACGAGGGCUUGGAGGAGGGCCGCAGGGAGCCGCAGCAGCUGUGCCACUACUACCUCAACACGUGCUCGCUGCAGGGCUCGCGCACCAUCCGCACCGAGGAAGCUGUUCUUAUAUCGCUCGCACACAUCUUAGCUCUUAUCAAGUGACCAAUGACCGCUUAUCACCACUUGAAUCGGAGGACUCUGCUGCACUUAAUGGUCAUUGAAGCACGCCCCUUGAUUGGGACAAUCACUAGGCGCACUGGAAGGGCACUUUCACUAAUAUAUUCGGUCCUUUAGCAUCGCCCAAGCGUGUACAGUUUGGGCAAGCAAUCGGUCGGCGUUGUCGUGUUGGCCUUG